AUGCCCAAGAGGCUCAGGACAACACCGAAACUCCUCGGAGCCGUAAGGAAAUUCAUAUCAAUGGCUUGGUAUUGCUCUGGCUCAACCAAUACGGAGUUGAUUGAGAAUCUCUCCAAGACGGGACUAAUCAAGAAUGAAAGAGUGAAGAAGGCGAUGAUGGGAGUCGAUCGAGCCCACUACGCGCCCUCGAGGCCCUAUUCGGACUCACCGCAGCCCAUAGGCCAUGGCGCCACGAUCUCAGCUCCCCACAUGCAUGGCCACGCUUGCGAGCACCUCAUUGAUUAUCUCAAACCGGGUUCGCGCGUCCUAGACAUAGGUUCUGGCUCCGGAUACCUAACACGUGUCCUCGCCAAUCUGGUGGCGGGGCCUUCAUCCCAGGAUGGCACCAAUGGCCAGGUCGUUGGCCUAGAACAUAUACCAGAAUUGGUGGAUCUGGCUGCUAAUAAUAUGCGCAAGUCCGACCAAGGUCGAGAGCUUCUCGAUACCGGGGUGGUCAGAUUUGUCGCCGCCGAUGGUCGCCUGGGAUGGAAAGAAAACGCCCCAUACGAUGCUAUUCACGUCGGCGCCGCGGCGGCGACUCUCCACCCCGUACUGGUCGAGCAGCUCCGUGCCCCGGGACGGAUGUUCAUCCCCGUAGACACGGAGAAUGAGGGAGGUCAUCUCGGCAAUCUCGGGUCAAGUGGAGGCCAGUAUAUCUGGGUAGUGGACAAAAAGGCCGAUGGGUCGGUUCACAAGGAAAAGGUGUUCCCCGUUAGCUACGUGCCAUUGACCGACCGCCCCCGGACAUGA